AUGGAACCGGCCAUACCGGGCCCCCCUCCGACAAGGAUAAUAUUUCUCUCGCAAAUUCCAGCAUGCCCCUUGGGCUACAAGGUCCGAUUCUUAGGAUGUGUCUCGAAAUACAAUGCCACUACUGGUCGUCUGACUCUUGAACACAACUGCAAUGUCGGUGGGGUACAUUCUCGAAACCACAGAGUAGAAGUUGAUAUAAACCUUCUACUUGGAGAUAUCAAUCAUACAAGUAUUCAAAUAGGGGUCUGGCUCAACGUCCUUGGGUAUAUACGUGAGGACUCGUUCUAUGACGAUUAUAGAAGAAAUAAGGAUGAAAGUAUUUCGAAAAUUCGGGAGCAAAAGGUACAGAAAACAGCAGCUUUACCGGUAUACAUUCAAGCUGUGAUGAUACUACCGGCUGGAUCCGUUCGAAUUGGGGAAUAUGAAAAGGUCUUAGAUGACAUGCAACAGGUUGAAAGACGAAUAAAUGAUGAGUAG